ACGCUGUUGUGGAACUUUUUUUUUCCAUGCGGGUUACUGUGGCACCAGGGUACUGUUACAGGACAGAGACAGAGAGAGUUCACUUCUGUUGUUUCUCGAGGCUGAACGGACACACCACUGUUCAUGGGGAGUACGGCCCGUCCUGUCCUGAUGCCUGUACCGUAGCACCAUGACCCUGAACACUCAGAGAGGGAAGGAGCCCCUGCGGCGGAGAGGCAGCACGCCCAUCCCCCCAGCCCACUUCUACAAGCACCCAUCCUUGACCCAAGACCCUCAGGACCCCCGGCUUCCCAGGAGCAACCACCAGGAGCCCGAGGCCCCCCGCAGCCACCCUCCCCUGGGACAGUCUGCGUCCUACCACCCUGGAGACAAGUCCCUGCACUACCGAGCCCAGUGGAGCUCGGACUCGGACGACGACUCGGAGAGUGACUCGGACUGUGUUUACAGAGUUGUGUUGCUAGGCGACCAAGGUGUCGGAAAGACCAGCCUGGCAGGAAUCUUUGCCGGGAUCACAGAGAAAGAGGAACAACCUGGAGAAGACUCAUACGAGCGGAAACUGACAGUAGAUGGAGAGGAAACAACACUUAUCGUCAUGGAUACCUGGGAGAACGACAAACUGGAGGGGGAGGAAGACUCCUCGCAAGAUCCCAGUCUGAAGGUCGGGAGUGCGUACGCCAUCGUCUACUCGGUCACCGACCGUUGCAGUUUUGAAGCCGCCUCUGAGCUACGGAUCACUCUGCGACGCACCCGCCAGGCCGAAAACAUUCCCAUCAUCCUUGUGGGCAACAAGAGCGACCUGGUCCGGUCCAGAGAAGUCUCUGUGGAAGAAGGCCGAGCAUGUGCGGUGGUGUUUGACUGUAAAUUCAUCGAGACGUCGGCGUCUCUGCAGCACAACGUGACCGAGCUGUUCGAGGGCGUGAUCCGACAGAUCCGCCUCCGUCGGGGCGGCAGCAACGCCAUUCAGCGCCGAACUUCCUUCUACAAGCGCAAAGAGAGCAUUACCCAGAAGGCUCGCCGCUUCCUGGACCGAUUGGUGGCACGCAACAACCAGCGCAUGGCGGUCAAAGUGCGCUCCAAGAGCUGCCACGACCUGGCCGUCCUCUGAAGACUAGAAGAGACAGGUCGGACAUUAUUUGACUCAAUUAAAUUCUCUGGUUGUAAUAACUUGGACAAUGGCGUUGUUUUUCCUGUUCGGUCAGCAAGUUGAUGAUUCAAAUCAAAGUCAACGGACAGUCGCUGGGAACAAACACUGUUUGAACUUUUGGUUUCCAAAUAUUUGGGACUUUUUCUCCAGAUGAUCUGAAAAAACUGACUUUCAAGGAUAAGCACUGUUGCAUUGGAUGAAUGACUGUGUGUGUGUGUGUGUGUGUGUGUGUGUGUGUGUGUGUGUGUGUGUGUGUGUGUGUGUGUGUGUGUGUGUGGUUGUGUGUGUGUGUGUGUGUGUGUGUGUGUGUGUGUGUGUGUGUGUGUGUGUGUGUGUGUGUGUUCAGGAUGUCCUUUAGUUUCCACUCUGCUGU